AAAUACUCUUCGAAGGUCUAAAAUUGAUCAGUUGCGAUUACAUCAUACGAGCUGCAUAAUCGAUUUGCUUCUCGAGAAAAACGGAAAUAUGGACAAAAUAAAGUUUGUGGUUUUCACUAUUUUCGUUAUGAUUGCUAUGGCUAUUAUGGUUACUUCUAAAAGAUGUAAUCCUCAUGGUGGCCCAUGCAGAACUGAUGAAGAUUGUUGCGGGCCAUUCAGGUGCCACCCAUGGGGUUAUAAUUGCACCGAGUCAUGACCAGGAAUAGGACCAUUGGACUCGGAGGCGGUCCCGGCAAUAGGGGACCGCCAGAAGCUGCUUAAUAAUCAUAAAUAAGCUUUACCAGGACUUUGUUGCAUAGAACUACGAUUUAAUCUUGCACUUAAUUUAAAAAUAUGUGAAAAUUUACGCAAUAAUUGGAAAUACACACUUGUUUAAUCAUACUAUACGUAGUAAAAUAUUCUUCGUGUCUAAAUGACUAAAAAUCCUUAUUAUCAACAAAAUUAAAAUCAAUUUGUAACAGCAAA